AUGGCAGAGGUGGAGGCUCGUCAGAUAGCCAUUCUAGAAACCGUUGAAGAUAUUCAAAAUCGUCGUGAGCAGGUUUUGCGGCGUUAUGCCGAGUUCAAGGAAGCAACCCGUCUUCGGCGCCAACGCUUGGAGGACGCCAAGCGCUAUCAUCAGUUCAAGCGAGAUGCCGAUGAAGUGGAAGCAUGGAUCAACGAGAAGCUUCAAAUUGCCUGCGAUGAGAACUAUAAAGAUCCAACAAACCUGCAGGUAACUUUCCGCCAUUAAAAGCAAACCUCUCGCAUGCGAAUUACGGAUAAAUUUGUGGCUGAAUGGAGCUUGCUUCGCCUUCGACAACGCCCCGACUUUGAUCUAGCAUAGCUCUAGUGACCUCUAGUAUUAUCGAAUGCAUUAAACCUGUAUUUCGGGCAAUUUCGUUUUAUGCAACUUUUAUCUCUGAUAAACGCUUUCCUUAAAAAAAGAGUCGAUCAUUAAUCAGGACAGACUUGAGAUCAAAUAAGUAUUGCGUGUUUAUCAUGGAAAGAGCUGGCCCGCGUCCGUCUCGCGAGUUUUGCGGACGAGGCAUGUUUUGGAAUCUUUUUUGUGUAAAACUAAUAGCUUGCGUCAGUUUAUAGUUUAGCUAACUUGUUGACAUGAAACUGCUUAAACCAGCCAUCCCAAAUAUGUCUCAAAAAUGUUUUUCCACGUGUGAUUUGGUUCAGCAUCGAGCGCAAACAGAAAUCAACCAGUUUGGCUGCUUAAUUAAUCGCGUCACCGGAGUCGAGUGUAUUCUUCUUUAGCAUAAAAAGGUUUUUUUUUAAAUUUCCACGUUUUUCUGUUGAUUUCUCAGUUUAGUUGAAAAGUCAUGAAUGCAGGAAAGGAGCAUGAUGUUGAUCUCAUAAUUUGGUGGUCACAUUACAAGACCUUACAAGGCAUCCACAAUCCGAAUUUUAAUUUCCCGGGGGGGCUUUUCAUAUGCAAACUUUAUAAAAAUUGCCUGUCAAUUGCUUGUUUGCGCGUGACGUCAACUCUAUUUUCAUGUAAAUUAAAAUUCUAUUGUUUUGACUCCAACAUGGCCGCCUUGUCAUGUGGUUGCAAACCGAGAAUGCAGUCAUAAAAACUGUGUCACUGACAAUAUCCAUAUUAGAGGAUAGCUUGAAUGAAUAAUUUUCUGUAACUAACUUCUCACUGCUUGAUGCUCCUCUGCAUGCUAUACUUGGUGCAUGGACACAAGGCUGAGCUGUAGUGAUUCAUACCCAGGUGCUCCCAUCUAUAAUAGAGAGUUUAAGCUUCACGUUAUACAGCCAACGGCAAACAUCUGAUUUACAUCGAGAAUUUCUCAUUCAUAGAAAACGAGCAGAUAAAAAACAGCUCAAAACAAUUCUUAAGGAUAGAAAAUUGUGUGAAACUACUAAUUUAUGCAUAGAAAUAAUGAACAGUAAAAUUUAAUGAUAGGUAAAUAGAAGUUUGGUCACGUGGUACAAUUCGCAUUUACUAUUUAACGUAAAUGUGAUGCUUAACCUCUCCAAUAACAAAUGCAAAGUAGGGGAAAUGUAAUGACUUUGUGUGCUCGAGUUGACUAUCUAUUCCCCUCAGUCCAUUAACAAACCUCUCAUAACUUUAGGUUCAGCAUGGUUGCUAUGGUUACUGAAUAAGUAAUGUAACAAUUGAUGGUACAGUAUGUGGUAACCUUCCUAAAAAUGAAAAUAAUAUCUUAGUGAUCAAUGUGAUCACUACAGUCAUUUAGGAGUUGUUUACAUUAUGCUUCUACUAUUGCCGAACUUUUUUCAGGGAUCUUAGAUCAUACCUUAUGAAUUUACAGUACCUCUUUAAUAUCAACAGUUCUACACCUUACAUAGAAUUAUUUUUAUUUCAGGGUAAACUUCAAAAGCAUCAGGCAUUUGAAGCUGAGAUUUCGGCUCAUAGCAAUGCCAUUGUUGAGCUACAGGAAAAUGGAGAAGGAAUGAUCAGUGAGUCUCAUUAUGCCUCUGAACUUAUUAGGGUGAGUAGCACUGUAGUUUCAAAUCACUACAUGUAAGACAAAUAUGACUGCCCUGGUUGAAUCAUACAGGUUACACACAAAUUUAACUAUCAGUAAAAUGACCCUGAUCCAGCUUUCUUGGUGAGCAAUAAAACAAACCUUUUUUUAUAGCUAGACAAGACAAUUUUCAUGUAACUAUACUUAAGUAAACACAUUCUUAAAACUGGGACACACCAUGGAGCACUGUUGCUACUUUGAAAAUCUUGUUCAUUUUUUACCCUCACCAAUUCAAAACUGACAAGUUUUAUGGUUUACAGUGUACAUGUAUAUCAUGGAAACAGGAUUUUGUCCCUGCAACAAAGUGUUUUUCAUGAUUACAGUGUACAGUGUACAUGGCAUAGGUUACUUUUUCCUUUCAGCAUGUUACUGCUUUAUAUUCUGCCAUAAUGUUCUGACCAGUGGUGAUCCAGUGUACACAAGCAAUAUGAAAGGAUGAUGAUGGUACCGGUAAACCCUUAAGCUUGUGAUGAUGCUAAUGCAAUCCUUAAUAUUGAAUUUAUCCACAGGAGAGGCUUGACUCCCUUCUUAAGCUUUGGGAACUGUUACUUUCUAAAUCAGCAGAGAAGGGCCGUAUGCUUCUGUUUGCACAAAAGAGAGUUCACUUCCUUAACGAAACAGAAGAAGUCAUGUCAUGGAUUCUGGAAAAGGUAAGACAAUAAUGUUUAAGGAAAAUAAAUGCAUGUCUUAAACUAUAAGUUCCUGCUAAUAAAGGAAACAUUGGCUUUAAGAUGUACCUCCAUGUACAACAGGUCAAAGUUGGUUGUCAAGUGCAACCAUGAUGGCAGAGUUGAAUGUUUUAUCCUCUUUUCUAAGUGAAACCACUUACUACCUGGUUCAAAAUGUGGAUAGUGCUAUCCAGUGGAGAAAUACAUGCAAGCAUCAAUUGCAUUAAUUUAGUUGGUUCCCCUAACUCUUAUCAAAUUGGAUAGUGGUUUAUUCGGUAGAUUGUGCUAUGUAAUGUUUAAGUUCAUUAGAGGUUUGUCGGUGUAAACUUCAGUAGAGAAGCAUGCAUCUACUUUUUGUGUGUUUCUUUUGUUUUGCACUUUAUUUUCUUUUUUGUGAAAUGAAACAAAAGUAAAGACCUCUCAACUCUUAGUUACUUUAAUCAAAUUGAGUAAAAAAGGGAAGUGGGUGUUUGCCUACAAGUACACACACCAUGCUUUAGAUUUCACGAGGUUUAACUGUGAUUUUUUUUGCUGUUUAACCAAAAUUCUCUGUUUUUUUCCUUCUUAGGAAGCAAUUGCCACUUCAGAGGAAUUAGGACGAGACUUGGAGCAUGUUGAAGUCUUACAAAAGAAAUUUGAAGACUUUAUGAAGGACAUCCAAGCUAAUGAAUCCCGAGUGACAUACAUCAAUGAUCUUGCACAUCAACUUGGUGAUGAGGGGCAUCCUGACAUUGAACUUAUAAGCACCAAGCAAACGGUAAGGAAUUAUUAUUUUGUGAUUGUGCCCCUUAGGGCUUCUUAUCGCACCUUUAAACUUUGUGAAUUUGUACUGCAUAGGAUGCUAAGUUAGAAAUGACAUCUGCUACAGUUUUUGUGUUGCAGUUUUGGCAUCUUUUAUGAUGUUUGGCCAAAAUUGUGAGAGUUAUUUGCAAUAGGAUUUUGACCUUCUUGACAGCACUCUCUAAUCUUUGAUGAUUUCCUGUUAUUAGUUUGAAAGUAUUAAACUAUUAUUUUUACAAACUGUAUUUUACAGGAAGUGAAUGAAGCAUGGGAGAGGUUGAAGAUGCUGGCACUGAAACGUCAGAAAAGGCUGGCAGGAGCUCAGCAGAUUCACAGCUUCUAUCGGUAAUGACAUUAUGCACGGGAUCGUCAAGCUAGCUCUAGCUAAUAUACAGGCAUUUCACCCAAGUAAUUUCAAACAAAUUGUCAAAAUGGAACAAAGCUUGAUUAAAGACUGGAAGUGGAAGGUUGUAGCCUUGUGUUUAUAAGCAUGGCUGAGAAGUUGAGGCUGAGCAUGAUUGAGAAAUUGGUUCGUUUAGUGGUCUUUGCCCAAGACAGAUUCUUUAAUCUCUCAGACAUGCUGUUGUCCUUGUUGUUGGUUUAAAUUUGCAGAAUAAUACAUUAGUUUACAAAUCCUUGUCCGGUUAUCAAAAUCAACUUUUAAUAAAUUGGUGUUCUGCUAUCAGUUUUCGAAACAAAUUCAUCUACACUGUGUAUAUAGACCUGUUUUUGUUCUCAAUUUAUGGUGAGUUUGUGAUUGUACAAAAGUGUGGACUGUCAUUGGAAGAUCAAUAAUGACAAUACAAAUAAUAAUCAACAGUUUUAAUCCCAUUUUUUCUUGGUUGUGUGGGGAUUUGAUUUCUAACAUUAAAGGAAAUGAAUUUUUAUCAGAGAUGCUGAUGAAACCAAGAACUGGAUCAAUGAAAAAGAUAAAGUGCUGUCGUCUGAUGACUAUGGAAAGGAUCUUGCCAGUGUUAAUGCUUUGCUACGGAAACAUGAGGCUUUGGAAAGGGAUUUAGCUGCUGUGGAAGACAAGGUAAUGUUUUGAAGAGAAGAUGUUAAAAAUAAUGUUCACCAGGACCUUUCUCACUUUUGCAAAGUUCACUGUUCGCUCUAGUGCUCCAAGAAACAAAUUUCAAUUCCAAAUUUUCUUUUUAAAAAUCCCAGGAAAUGAAUAUUACGUUUACUUUGCAAAGGGUCUUCCGAUGCUGUUUCAUUUGAAUGGUAACACUUCAGGAUUCUGUUUACAGAUUUAAAAGUUAGAGUGUCAAUCUUCCACGCCAUGGUUUUGGAGAGAAGAGGUUUUGAAGCUUUUAUUAUGUUCAUCCUUCACCUUGCGUGCUAAAAGUAAAAUAAUAAAAAAUAUAUAUUUCGGUUCCUUUCAGGUGACAGCUCUUGGUCAAGAAUCAGUUCAGUUACAGGAAGCCUACCCUGAUAGUGCCGAUGAUAUUGCGGCCAAACAAGAUGAGAUUGUGACUGCCUGGGGAAAUCUCAAGGACAAGGUAUCUUAUUGGAGAAGUUUUGAUCCAUUUGGAAAGGAUGUUCUAAACAUUUUGUGAUUAGUAAUUUUAACAACUAAAAACCCUUUUUUUGUUUUAGUCUGCAGUGAGAAAGACAAGGCUUGAAGACUCCUACCGGCUUCAAAGAUUCAUUGGUGACUACAGGUAAAGUGGCAAAAUCCUUCUCGUUGUUUCACAGAAUUGCACUUGCAGUGUUACAUCUUGCAAUUAUCAAACACAAAAGACCAUGUUUUAUCCAAUACAAUGUUUGUUUAUACAUGUAUUUCAAAUUGGUGCAGUCUUUGUUAGCCACUUUGACACAACACCAAUCAUUCAUUGUUGCUGCAAUUAAGUUAUUCUCUGUUUAUCAUAUCAGGGACCAUAUCUCAUUUAUAAAUGAAAUGAAAGUUUUGAUCCAAAGUGAUGAGCUGGCCAAAGAUGUUGCAAGUGCAGAAAGUCUUUUGGAGAGACAUCAAGAACACAAGGUGAAUUUUCCCUAAAACCCAAUUCCUCCAUGAUGUGAUAGAGGAAAUAUUAGGGAGCUUAAGCAAUGAUGUUUUUGAGCAACGCAUGUCAACCAAAAGUGGUGCUUUUUCCCUUUUAAUAUGCCUUUAUGUUACCAGAUUUGUAUUGCUAGGUGUCUUAAUUCUUAUAGAGACUAUUUAUUGCCCGAAAAAUUGGGCAAUACCACUGCCCAAGAAUGCAAAAAGUCUACUUCCUGUUGACAAGCGUCACAUCUUUGCUUAAUCUCCCUGUUGUUGUGUGAUAUUACAUCCAGUUCUUCCUUAAAGAGGCAAUCAGAAAUCUACCGUGUUCAAAAUAAUCAGUGAAGUUAAGAACAAAACUUUAAGGGACCAUCUUCCUGUCAAGUUCUUGUAGCCACAUGUCCGUGUUAUUACUAUUAUGAUGACAAAUUUCUUUUCAAAUAGUUGUGGAUAGCUAAAUGAAGAUGAAGAAAUGAUCAUCGCAGUGAACGCAAUUUAUGCAACUGUGUAAAGAAGCCUGAAAAAAAAUUCAGGACUUCAACGGGGUUUGAACCCAUGACCUCGCAAUACCGGUGUGAUGCUCUACCAACUGAGCUACUGAUGCCACUGACGUUGGGAGCAGGUCAAUUCCUCAGCUUAAUGUUGCUUAUGCAUCGCAUACCAUCUCUGCUUGAGUGCUAAAAGUGCCUUCUUUCUGGUAAGCCAGUGGUAUCGUGAAUUCACUGCUUCUCCAUCCUCUGCCAUUAGGGUUACAUUGAUGCUCAGGAAGAUGGAUUCAAGAAGUUUGCAGAUGAUGGAGAAGAACUCCUCAAUUCCAAUCAUUAUGCCAGUGAUGAGAUUAAAGACAAGGUAAAGGAAUCAGAAUUAAGUACUUAUUCCUUGUUAUUCUGUGCAUGUAUGUGAAAAUACUACAGGUUCAAGUUAUUUUUGCAUUGCAAUCAGUGUCUUAAAAAUAUUUCUGCUUCAAAUGUGAAGAAACCUUAUGUGCAUUUAGGGCAGCAGUGCCACAUUUAUCGAAUGACCUUCCUUUACAACUGCCCAUAGUACAGUCUGUAGAAACUUUUAAGAAUGCAAUUAAGACAUUCCUUUUAAGACAAUAUUUUAGAAGUGAAUUUCUAUUUUGAUACUAGUAUAGAUACAUAUGAGUUACUAUAUUAUUAGGCGUUUGGUUUUUUUUAAUCAGUUUUACACUUAACUAUUUUAAUAUAACUAAGAUAGUACGCACGCUCUGAUUGGCCGAGAGGAGUGUUUGCAUGAGAGUAUGUAAACGUGGUUGUGGCAUCAAGUUGUUUGGCUUUUCGUGCGCUAAUUGCACAAGCACGAAUUUGAAAAGUUUUCAAGUUCAAAACUCGACAAGUUUACUUUAUUUACCCAUUCCUUCGUCGGCUGAAACAUGGAAAAUCGUUACAAAGAAGGUGGGUCAAUUUUUCUUCGCUUAAGCUGACAUUUUAAGCGAGAAAAAUCCGUAUUUUUCAAAGCAUCUUUUUCCAAAACAAGAACUGAUUACGCGUGCAAGACUUUGUGGACAAGAUUUUGCGACUGGUAAGAAUUUCUCUUUUAAUCAGUGCCAUACAAAGAGUUUUGCAUUUUUUUCUCGGGAAAGCGUUUUUUUCUCGGGAAAGUUAUUUUAUAAAAGCAAUAGAAAACUUUUUUCCUGUGUUUGCAUAGCCUGAUAUAAACACUCGAGGCGUUGGGAGAAUUCUCGACAGUUAUGCAAACCCUCAACUUCGUCUCAGGUUUGCAUAACUGUCUCGAAUUCUCCCAAACCCUCUCGUGUUUAUAUGAGGCUAUGCAAUCACGGAAAACGUUUUCUAUUGCUUAAGUAUGUGUAAAUAGCGCUAUAGAAAUAAUUAAUUAAUUAAUUAAUUAAUUAAUUAUUAUUAUUAUUAUUAUUAUUAAACCACAGAAAAAUCUUAAUAAUUUUUAUAGCCUUGUGAUCCCAGGAGAGGCGUUUUUUUUCAGUGGAUAAAGGAACUUGUACUUAGAAAGCUCUAUGUACAUGUACACUCUGUUUGGAGCUUUUGAAUCUUUAUGUCCUGGCAAAGUGCUUUAGUGAAGGUUGAUAAAAAAGUCAAUUCUAUUUUAUUUGUUUAUUUUUUUUAGCUUACAAGCCUUGAAUCAGAGAAGUUAGAAUUGCUGGAGCUGUGGGAAAAACGACGUGUACAGUUUGAACAGUGUAUGGAACUGCAGCUUUUCAACCGUGACUGUGAACAUGCUAAUGCCACCAUGACUAAACAAGAGGUAAGAACAUGUGAAAUGUUUACAAAAGUAGUUGCACACACCAUUAUAAUACUAUCCUAACACAGCACACUCAAUUCAUAAAAGAGGUGUAUUCCAGGUAAGAAGUUUACAUUUAAGAAUUUAUUAGCAAAAGGUAAUGCAUGGAAUGGAAGUGAAUUGAGUAAUAGCGAUCAUUGAAUUGUUUCUCUUCUAAGGCUUUCCUAGCUGAUGACAACUUGGGGGAUUCCCUUGAUGGAGUGGAAGCUUUGAUCAGGAAGCAUGAAGACUUUGACAAAUCAUUUGCUGCCCAAGCUGAGAAAGUCAAUGUAAGUACAAUCAUUCAAAUAAUUCUCAGUUUCCCUUGGCCUGAUUAAACAGUGUAUAAGCAUUUCUGUGAACAAAAAUAAUUUUAAUUUUUUUAUUUACAAUGCAACCAUGAUUGUUAAGUAAGCUAUAAUCCUGGGUUAACUGUGAAUAGAGCUUACGAGUCUGUUGUUGUGGUAAAUUGUCCUGGAAAAGUUUCAAUGUGAGUUCAUCGUGUGUUAUGCUUUAGAGAAGAAAUCAUUGGUAGGGUCCUUUUCCAUGCUUUCUUACUCGGGAGUGGAACCUCAAUAUAACGAGGGGCAAAGGGACUGAGAAAAAUUUGUUCGCUAUGACGAGGUUUCAUCAUAUGAGGUUCUUUUUCAUAAUUUUACUGUUACUGGGGUAAAGAAAAUAGUUCUUUCGACUGAGGACUUUGUUAUUUAGAGGUUUGUUAUACUGAGGUACAACUGAAGUUAGGUUGUAAAAGUGUCAUUCAUUACAUGUCACCAAGGUUUCAUUACAUCUGGGUUCACUGUGGUCUAGGAACAAAAUGAUGUAGUCCUGUUGUUUUGAAUUUUUCAGAGCAUUGAUGAGUAUGCAAACCGCCUUAUUGAUAGUAACCAUUAUGCAUCAGAUGAGGUGCGUGAGAAGCGUGAUGGUAUUCUGGAGAGGCGUCAGAAUAUAGAGGAGUUGUCAAAGGCUCGUAGGGCAAAACUUGAGGAGUCUCGUAAGCUUCAGCAGUUUGAGAGGGAUGCUGAUGAGGUGAAAAGCUGGAUUAAUGAAAAACUGAAGACUGCUUGUGAUGAAUCUUAUAAGGUAACUUUGGACUAAAUUAUCCUUGCAUCUACUGCCUCUAAACUAUACUUAAACUGCAAAUAAUAUUUUGCAUAAACUGUCUGCUUAAUAAAAUCAAAGUACAUAUACGAUAUGGGCAUGUCUUAAGACCAAACUCACUAUAUGUAGUCGCUGCACACUGCUACACCUACACAAGUAUACAAAAAAUUGACCAAAUGGCAUAUUUUGAUGCUGGCCUUUGAUGUGAACUGCAGAGUGGAGUCCAUUAAAAAUAACUUAUAUCAAUAAAUAAUUAUAAAUUACAGAGUAAAAAAAAAUUAUUUAAGUUCUAGAUGAUUUCUGGAAGGUGCCUUUUAUUCACUAUAAUCAUGUCUUUCAGGAUCCAACAAAUCUGCAAGGAAAACUGCAAAAGCAUCAAGCAUUUGAAGCUGAACUGAAUGUCAAUCAGAGUAGACUUGAUGCAGUUGACAAGACUGGGGAACAGCUGAUUGCAGAUGAACAUUAUGCUUCUGAUCAAAUCAGGGAGAGACUUGAUGAACUGCAUAAGUUAUGGGCCUACCUGUUUGAGAGGUCAAACGAUAAAGGUUAGAUUACCAGCGACCUGUAAAUAACUCCUUAGAGUAACCAAAGUCAACUUUCGGAAAAAAUUCCUCUUUAAAUGAUGUGCUGUACAGAAAAACAGCAGUAGCCUACAAAGCAUUCGAUCAUCCACACGUUGGAAAGUGUGUUCAGUGUGUUCACAUUAUUUUACUUUUGCUGUAAAACGUUUUCCUGCAUAACUAUAUCUGCAAAUUGUUGACAUACUUUGUUCAAUAAGGUAGCACUUAUGGCUGGUAAGACAGAAAGUGAGUAGCAAAUUUGGGCAAAUGUUUUACUACAUUCAGGUAGAGUACAAAAAUGCAAAUUAAGGAAGAGUAUUAGUCUUUGGUGUAUACAUGUAGUUAAUCAGGUGAACAAAUCAACAGUGUCAUGUCAACAACACUUCUGUCAGCACGAGUGCAUCAACCUGCAAGACUAAAUUAAAUUCAAAUAUUUAUUUCAUGAUGGCCCUCCUUAUUUUACUAUUAUUUUCUAUUCAGGCAAUAAGUUAAAGGAAGCCGCACAGCAGCAACAAUUUAACCGGUCAGUACUUAACAUUUAUACCAUGUUUUCUAAGAAUCGCUGGUUUCUGGUUGGUCUGGAAUUGUUAAUAGCAAAUGACCAUAAUCCUGAGAAAACUGCUGACAUUUCGCGAUGUCACUGCCGGUUUCCCCCCAAAAUGUCACUACCCAGAUCUGGUAAGUGUCACAUCACAGUGCGUCAUCAGUAUGGAAUGUCUGCGCUCAUUUCUCAGACAUCAUUUCACGGGGAAACCAGUGGUGGCAUCAUGAAAUGUCAGCAGUUUUCUGAGGUUACAUUUUCACUUCCUUUGUUCUAUCUUUAUUAUUCUACAUCACUUGCUCAUUUACAUAACCAAGAGAGGAAUGAUUUGAAACCCCUUCAUCUUCAAACUUUAACAAAAUAUUUUUUUGUGGUUGUUUGCAUUUCUCGACAACUAAAUCAACUGACAUCCUUGUUUUUUUCUCAGGGCUGCUGAAGAUGUUGAGCUUUGGUUUUCAGAAGUUGAAAAUCUUCUUGCUGUUGAAGACCUUGGAAAGGUUUGUUACAGACUGUCACUUGAACCCACUCAUGUUUAAGCAGUUUUUUAGCCUAGACAAAAAAGUUAUUUUCAAACUGACCUUUCAAAGAGACUGUGGAUUUUUGGGAAGUUUAUUCCUCCUAAACUACAUUAUGUAGUCUUGUCAUACCCUUCGGCAUCAAGCCUUAGUAUAUACUAUCUGUAAAAAAGAAAGUGGUUUACUCCCUUGCUCAUCAUUGAUAAUGUUACCUCUAUUUUUAUGUUUCUAGGAUCUGACAAGUGUCCAGAAUCUUCAAAAGAAGCAUGGAAUGAUUGAAGCUGAUAUUGUGGCCCGUGCGGUGAGUAAUGAAUAGGGUGCCUGUAAAAACUCUCAGCAACUUCUUAUAUACUGCUGAAUUCUCCUUAUAAAUUACCUUGUCUUUUCUGGUAAAGCAAAAAGAAAAUUUUCAUUUACAUUAACAGUUUAUUAAAGAAGUGUACUGGUCUAAGUUUCAUGUCAAAGUUUCCGUUCAUUUCACAAGCAACUGUUCAUUUUUGGAACUUUUGAUUGAAGCCAAAAGGAAACAUGUCGUAUUAUAAUAACAUUAAUUUGGAAAGCUUAACUUUUGAUUUCUAUUAUUUUUUCAUAUUUGUUAGGAGAAAAUUGAAGUUGUUAAUGCCCAAGCUGACCUCUUUGCCGAGGCUGAUCACUUUGAUGCUCCAGCUAUUGCAGAGAAGAAAGAAGUUCUGAAUGCCAGAUACCAGCAGCUUCAGGUGAGUUUUUUUUUCUUUUUGUUGUUCUACUUUAGCUGGUUGCUAUCCUAUAGUCUACACUUUAAAGCUUGUUUAAUGCAAUGAGCCAUUAGGUUGCAAGUAGGACAAUACACAAGUAGUGUUUGUGAAAUACUGUUUUGUUUAAAGGAGUAUGUAUUCUGAGGGCACAAGAAGAGCUCAUUUUGGCUAGGGUCAGGUCACUUUAUUUUAGGCAAUUUCACAUUACCCAACAGUCACACAAGGAAAUGAAAUCCCAAAUAACUCCAUUUGUUUUAAACUAUAGAGGACACAAAUGUACAGAAAAGCCAAAAGGAAGCAUCCAUGGGCAAAUUUGGAGAAGACUACUUAGAAUAGUAGAUUGGAUUAAAAUUUAUAGUUAACACAAAAAUAGGAAAAAUCACUAAAAAUAUCUUGAAAGCCGAGCUAGGAUGACAUUUCCCUUCAAAUUGGUCAUUUAUAUUUCAUAAAGACUACCUAGUGAGGUCUUAAGACUACUGUAGUUGACCAAAGCGAUGGGAAACAUGCUUUUUGCUGCCUGUAGUAUAGUUAUGGAUUGUAAUUAAUGAUUACAUUUUUGAAAAAAAAAUACAGGCUCCACUCCUGGCUCGUAAAGCAAGACUUGCAGAUGCUGAAAGACUAAAACGAUUCCUUCAUGACGUUGAAGAUGAAGAAGCCUGGAUCAGAGAAAAAGAACCCAUUGCUUCAUCCAAAAACACAGGUACAUGUAAAGGGUUAUUAAUUAGUUUGUUCCCAUUAUUGUAAAGAGAUGAGGUAAGAUUGAAAUUAAAAUGUGCCUAAUGUUUUGUGUUUUCGUUUUCACACUUUUUAGGGCGAGAUUUGACAGGAGCUCAGAAUUUGUCCAAGAAACAUCAGGCAUUAAUGGUAAGAAUGAAGGAAACAUGUAUGUCAAACAUACAGAUACUCUUUUUUUUUUUUUACACGUUCGUAUUUUGAACGAGUUUUUUAGCUCUUUGACGUAACGUGUUAAAAUAAAUGAUUGAUUGAUUGAUUGAUUGAUUGAAAAACUGCUAAGCUUAUUACAGAGGAAAGUCUUUAAAGCCAUCUGGGCAAAAACGACAUCUAUGAUUGUUUCUAAAAAGAUUUUAGCUGUCUCAUUGCAUUUUCCUUGUGGUGCUGUGUUUAAUUCAAUCUGUAUCAAUUCUCUUUUGCAGACUGAAAUUGCUGGACAUGAGCCUCGUAUCAGGGCAGUAUGCGAUAAUGGUGUUCAGAUGAUUGACAACGGUAGGUAUUAAGAAAAUGAGUAUUUUUACAGGGAAAACGCAUGUUCAGAAUGAUUAAUAUUCAAACUUCAUGUUCUGUUCAACAUUCUGGUUGUUCAUUAGCCGAUUUGAGUGUGUUUAUUAACUGAGUAUAGCGCGGGAACCUAAGAGAGAAAUGUUAUCUUGGCAUUACUGCACUUUUCACAAAUAUGAGAAUUCUGAAGUUUAAAAGCCAACUAACGAUUGCAUUUUUCGCUGCCGUCAAUCAUCUCAACGGACCUCUUAGGAAACAAAGCUUAAACGGGUUUAAAAGGUCAUGGUUUUUGAUUUGUGAUUGGUGGAUUUCGAUCCGUUUUGUGUAUUUCUGUGUAAGAAGGUUUGUUGCUCGUGAUAGUAAUCAUUAUUAACAGCAGCAAAAAAUGCAAUUUUGAAGACGACUUUUGAACUUUAGAGAUUGCAUAUUUGUGAAAAGCGCAGUAACUUUUAAUAUUAUUGUAUAAAUUAUCAUUCCUUUGAAUUUGUUUACAUUGCUAUUUGGACAUAAAGAAAUUUUCACAACUUCUUGCUGCUGCUUCCAUCAUUGUUUGAUAAGGAAUCAUUUCCUUUGUAAUUCAGAGUGCUCACUGUGAAUAAAGAAAGUUCUAGAAACAGCAUGUUCUUUCUACAGCCAAUACGUCAUCAGUCUCUAAACCUUUACUUUUGGCCUGAGUAAUCUUAAAGUGCUGUGUUACUGUUGUGCUCUCCUAUCUGUUCAGUGAUGUUAUGGAUGACACUCUGAGUUACUUUGUGCCAUAACUGCUAAUGUCAGUUUCUGUUUUGCUGUAGGACAUUUUGCUUCUGAUGAAAUUAAAGAGAAGAUUGAUGAUCUUGAUCAAAAAUGGGUUGACUUUAAGGUGUGGUCCUUUUUCUCUUCAUUGCAACUUUUAUAGCUCUUUCAGGUGAUGAAAAAGCUGACUUCCCUUUGGUGACAAAGAACUUCAUUUUAGAAAACACAGUCAAAUCGUCUUAAUAUUGAUACCAAUGCUAGGGAAAAGUCCUUUAUCACAGAGGUGUGUUCAGAGAUUGUCGGAAUUUAGGCACCUUUGGGACAGAGAAAGCAUUUGCCUGUCGGGAGGCAUCCCCAUCUAUAGGGAGAAAUUUGACUGUACCUACACUUAAAGUGUUGUUCGGUGUACAUGUAAGAAAAUUUGGGGAAGGAGGGGAACAUAAAGGCAGACAAAAUAUUAAAAAUAUAUUGUGCUGUUUUAGGACAAGGCAGCUGCAAGGAAGAGUGACCUUGAUGAUUCUCUCCAAGCUCAUCAAUACCUUGCUGAUGUUGCUGAAGCUGAGUCAUGGCUGAAGGAAAAAGAACCAAUUGUCACCAGUGAUGACUAUGGCAAAGAUGAGGACAGUGCACAGGUAUGAAAUACAUCUACAUUCAUGAUGUCUUGGUUCUUUUUGUUUGUAGUUUUGCUAACAGUUAUAUUUUGUUUUCUUCUUCCAGGCAUUGUUGACCAAACAUGUUGCCAUCAUGUCAGACUUGAGAGCUUAUGGAACUGAAAUCGAUGGACUACGAGAACAAAGUCAAAACUGCAAGGUCAGUACUUUGGUCACGUUUUCUGUUGGAUUGCAAAUUCAACUCAGCUUCUUGAGACAUAGACUUGCCCUUUUCAAGUGUCUUAAGAAUGCCCAUGAUAUUUUUCAGAUGGAAAAAAGUUGUUUUUCUUUUAAUGUCUUAGUUUUAUAACAGCUAGUUUGACAGCUGAGGUGGAUAUACCUCUUGUAAUUUCUUGGAUAUAACCCAAGCUUAUUUUGUGAAAAAAUGUAAAAAAUAAAUCAAAGGGUUUAUUUUUUAAGGAAAAGUAUGGUUUCUGGGGUGCACAAAAAUAUCAUUAAAGUCUCAUAACUUGGCUUCUAUAUGUCGUAGCAAAAAACGUUUUUCAGCAUUUUACUCCUCCUCUAAUUCUCUUUCGGAUAUAAGUUUGACUGUGAAAUUAAAAAAUUCAUUUAACCUAUUUUGGUGAUGUCAGCCCUUGUGUCAUCAUAAUUUGACAUUUGGCAUCAAAUGAAAACUUAAAAUCACCUGGUCAACAAUUGAAGUCUAUCUGGAAAGUUUGGCCAAGAAAUGAAGAUAAAUGUAAAAGAUACAUAAAUUUAGUCUGUAUGACUGAUUUGAGGGGUGGUUUGGCCCCAGCAUGGAGUUCAAAAUAACCAGAGCAGAUGUGAAGGCUGGCUGUCAUUGAUGGACAUUGUUCGAAAUUGAAGCUGUUGAAGGGACAGACCACAUUUUCUGCUCUAAUUUCGAAACCUCCCUCUCCCCCCAUCAAAAAUCCAGUUUUAUUUUCAAAGUUUGAAGUUUUAUGCUAUUAUAAUUUCUUUUCUCAGGAGUCAGCUCAUAUCAGUGACCUCUCUGAUAAAGAAUGUGUAGUUGCACUGUAUGACUACCAAGAAAAGACUGCAAGGGAGGUAUCUAUGCAGAAGGGAGAUGUUUUAACGCUGCUGAACUCCAGUAACAAGGUCAGAUAUUAUCUGCAUGAAAAAUGGUUGCUGCUACAUUGACAUAUUUUACAUUUUUUGCAAUUUCUUUCAUUGAUCAUCUUACAAAAGACUACAAGUGGUUAAGUAUAAAAUUCUAAAUCUGGGAAAUUUGAUGGUCAUUCUAAUAAAUAAUAAAUUAUCAAAUUAAAAGAGCACUCUUAAGAGGCCUUAACUAUUCACCAUGUUGAACUGAAACCUUCAAUUCAUUAUGCUUUUUGUUUAAGUUCAAAAUAAUGACUAUCAAGUUUGUCAUACAUACACAGUUUAGUCAUCUUGUAUGCCAGUUGAUUGCUUUGCAAGAGGAAUGAUAUUGCAGUGCAUUAUGUUGCUGUACCAAAAUGGACAAGGACCAACAUUUUUCUGAAUCCUUGCUUUUACCCAUUUAUUUCAUAGGAUUGGUGGAAAGUGGAGACAAAUGACAGACAGGGUUUUGUUCCUGCAGCAUAUGUCAAGAGGAUUGACUCGCACAGAGCUUCCCAAGAGAUCCUUGCACAAGCUCCUGAAGUUGAUUCUGUUACACAGAGACAGCAGGCUUUAGAUGAAAAGUGAGUGUGUGCUGAUUAAUACACUUCUGCUACCUUGUACCAUAUUACUUUUUAUUGUCCAGUUUGCACUAGGAUGUAACCUUUUUGUGACUAAGGCGCGGUUCAGAAGCCAUACUUCUCAUGCUCUGAGCCACAUCAAACACAAUGAAUUAAGUUCAUGAGAAUUACAGCAUCUGAAUCUAUUCAACACGGCUAAUUGAAUGCGGAUUGCUCAUGCCUGGCUCAGCUGGGAGUAGUGGCUCUGGAACGACAUUGAUUCAGACAUCAAACUUCUUGAGCUGAAACAAAUGCAUAAAUUUUUACAAAGCAGGUUACCAAAAUUCGCCCAUUUUUUUUCCCCAUUUAGUUCCCAUAGAAUUAAAGAUCAGCUUCUGAAUAAAUUCAGCUGUCGUAAAUUAAUUUGAGUCAGCCUAAAAUGGAAUUUGAUUUGGCUUAUGUAAACUACAGCGUCUGAACUGGUGCUAAGUAUCCUCAAAACUUGAUCAAACAAUAGGGAUUAAUUGAUAAGUAAACACCCAUUUCAUAGCAUUACUUUUGUAAACUCAAUCCUGCAUCAGGUGUUAAAGGAAAACCAGUUGCGACAUGUUUACUCAUUAGUUUUCUGUUUCUUAUUUGUGUGACAGGUAUCAAGACUUAAUGGACAAAGGAGAGGAUCGUAAAAAGAAAUUGGAGGACUCCAUUCAGCGUUACUCUCUCCUGAGAGAUGCUCAUGAGCUAGAGUCCUGGAUUAAUGAUAAGGUCUAAACUGAUUGAUUUACAGUGGGACUAUUGUAACCGGGGCCACUUAGACAAAGGUGACCAAUCAGAUUACAGGAAAAUAACAAUACAUUCCAAGAAAGUUGGUUGUGGGCCAAUCAGGAGCUCGUAAUAAAAGAAUAAGUUACUUGAAGCACAAAAUUUAAACUUGAUAGCAAACGUUAUUCAAACUUUGUUUUUCUGUUCGAGACUUUACAUAUAACUCCCAGGAGACAUAUUUGUCUGAUAGAAGCUGUUGUUUCGUCAUCUACCAGCAACCAUUGCUACCAUUGCUCCACAUUGCAAUAACAUCAUGACCUAAAGUCAAAAAUUAAACUAACGUUUACGGUUGCCUGCGUCAUUGACUCUAACAGACCUCUCAGGAAACACAGGCUUUUUUUCAACGGGUUCAAAAGGUCAGGUCUGUAGGUUGUAAUUUGUUGAUAUCGAUCUAUGUUGUUUAUUUUGAUUAAGAUUGACUACUAACUUUCUCCGAAUGUAUUAUUUUCCUGUAAUCUGAUUGGUCCUGGUUAUAGAAGUCCCGCUGUAACAGAUGUUAUUCAAUCCUUGAAUAGAAAUGAAGCAUCACGCACAAACAAGUAUUCUUUAACAUAUAAAAAGCUAGGCUACAGAGACUUAACUGUACGGAGUCUUAAACAUUUACAAUAUUUUGUACUGAGACACCAGCAUCCCUUUUAGACAAUAUGUCUUGUACUAUUAAUAGUAUUUAUUAGUGUUAUUAUUAAUAUUAAUAUUUAUUACACUAAAACUCCUGCUAAAUAAGUGAUGCAUGAAUGCUUCAAAUUUGUUCUAACAGCCGUACAAACAAGGCUUGGAAUUAAAAAGGACUGUAGUAAUCAUACUCACAUGCUCAACAUUUUGAUAUCGAAAAAAAUAAGUUUUUUUAUGCCGCUAGUUAUUGGAGUGCUGACAUUUGGUGGGUAUAUUCCCUUUCAGGAAGCCAUUGUAACUUCUGAAGAGGUCGGAAAGGAUUUUGAGCAUGUUGAAGCACAACAAAAGAAGUUUGAUGACUUUGAGAAGGUAUGUGAUAAUGAUUGUACUCACUUAGCAGGGUCUUUUUUGGUAACUAACAUGAAAUAAUGUGCUUUUUACGUAGGACAUGAUCUCCAAAGAGGUUCGCAUCAGAGAGCUGACUAUACUUGCUGAGAAGUUGAAGGUUGAACACUAUUCUGAAUAUGAAAUGAUCCGUGAAAUGAUUGAGGUAAGGCCAGCUGAUUGAAAAAAUAACUGACUGACUGACUGAAUGUUCAGAACAAAUAAUUUUUUUUUCCUGGACCGUAAAUUUUAAUUUUGGCUCACCAUUUUACUAUCUCACUGAAAUAAUAACCCACUGAAUGACUAACUGUGAACUGAGUGUCUGACCAGUAGAAUGCUUGCUCACUGACUAUAAAAAGGACAAUUAUAUAUUAUUUUAUUGACUUCAUUAUGUCAUUUAUUUUAACUCCAAACUGUGGCAUUGCACUAUAAUUAAUUGAGCAGUCCCAAUCAUCUUCAUCUAACAUCUUGACUUACCAGUUCACUCUAUCAGUAGGUUAAUUGUUUGAUGACUGAUCAAUAAAAUGGCCUAACAAGUCAUAUAAAAUGAUUAUAUUUGCAUCAAAGCAAGUAAAAUAACUGUAUUUUAUGAGGUGUUGGCUUUCCUUUAACAGCGACUAAAUCAGAAGUGGAAGAACCUAGUGGUCAUGUCUGAACAAAGGAAAGAAAACCUUGACAAUGCCCAGGAGAUUCAAAGAUUCCACAGGUAAUGGACACUAAAGGUUUCCACUGCAUUUUAAAUUUACACUUUGCUUUCUUGGCCAUACUGGGUUUGUCCCUUGAAUCUAGCCAAAAGAUACUAUCCUCUGCUUCUCAAUUCUGACUCGUUUGUGGUACAAAGACAUCUAAGAUCUCUAGAUUGGUAACUGGGGUGAAAACACACUUUUGAGGAAAUCCUGGCAAAAAGUAUGAGAAACAAGGAACUCAUUAGGAUGUCUGGCCAUUUCUUAAGAUCCUCACAAAAUAAAAACUAUCACUACAAAACAUUGUCUUGGUUAAUAGUAAUGAUCUUCUAAAGUAAGGUUGUUUUUGACUCGAUUUUGUAACAUUUUCUUGUGUGAGAAAAGCAAAUUUUAUUUUGUGUCUUUAUACUAAAUGAUUGUGUGGUGUUUUUAGGGAUGCUGAUGACACUAAAGCUUGGAUCUCGGAAAAAGACACAGCACUGUCUACAUCAGAUUACGGCCGUGAUUUGGCUAGUGUCCAGGCCUUGCAGAGAAAGCAUGAAGUGUUAGAGCGAGAUUUGGCAGCUUUGGAAGAGAAGGUUUGAUAAACAGUUGUUAAAGUGUGGUUUGCAAAUACGCCAAAUUUGGCGUAUUUUACGCCAAAAUUGUUCAGAUGACUCCACGGAGGUUACGGAGGGAGUCACUUCGACUUCAGAAAUUUUCGGUAACAAACAGGGAGCCACUUCGACUCCAGAAAUUUUCGGUAACAAACAGUUUUGUCCCUACCUUUUUCACAACAAAUGCAAUUUACGUUAAUUGUAAACGUUGUAAACCUUAAUUAAAUCAUCAAAAUUAAAGAAUGAUACUGCACGACAAAACAGGAAGAGGGUAAAUUACGAUCAAAGUUUACUUGAUGACCGCCAUCAUGGAUUUGAGCUUUCUAGGUCAGUGGACCCCAACAGCUACACCGUGUAUCCAUCACGAUAGUUAUUCAUGCCAGGACCACGUGCUGUAAAGUCUGAAAAUGGCUUUUUUCUUUGUGAUACUUGACUCCAAAUUUUCCAAAAUGACUCCAAAAUUUGUGAAGCGGAAGUCACAGUGACUCCACUCAUCAAUAAAAUUUGCAAUCCCUGUUUUUAGCAUUGCAGAAGCAUGCCACUUCCAAAGGCAUAGAGUUAUAAUUUCAACAAUGCUCUGUAUGCUGGAUUUUUUCCCACCAGGUUCGAGAAUUGAAUGUGGAAGCAGCUAAACUGACCUCCAGCCACCCGAAUGCUGCGCAGGACAUUGAAUGGAAGAGACAUGAAUUAGAAGAGGCUUGGGCAAGCUUACGUGAACAGGUCUGUUGCUUACUCCUUUGUUUCACAGUGAAAACUAAAAAGUUAUUGUUUUCAGUUGAAAUAUUUCUUUUCUUUUCUUCUUUUUAUUAGGCUGCUGCAAGGAAGGGCAAGUUAAGAGAUUCAUAUGAUUACUUUAACUUCCUCAAUGAGUUUAGGUAAGUUUGAUUUCUACCUUUUCCAGUCUCCAGGCUAUGCCUUAGCAGAUCUCAGUACAAUGGCCCCUUACAGCUUAUUUCCGACUUGUGAAUUAGUGUUGUUUGCCAUUUUUAGAGAUCUCAUGUCCUGGAUCAAUGGUAUCAUGGCUCUUGUUACAUCAGAUGAACUUGCUAAAGAUGUGGCCAGUGCUGAAGCCCUCUUGGACAGACACCAGGUAAUAACAUACCACAAGUAUAUGGAGACCACCCUUGUCUUAUUUAAACAGAGCAAAUGGCACACAUUCAAGUAUACAUAUGAGUUUUUGUCUGUUGAACUGUGUUAGGUAACAAAAUACCCUAUUAACAAGGAUAGUAUUAAAAAGUUUAAGUGAUAACUAAACGUAAGGUCCUAGAAAACUUUAAAGGGUCGUGAAAAAGUUAUUGAAAGUUGCGGAAUUUGAAGAGAACAAAAUGUUACAAACCCUGAAAUACUGACUGGACUUGAAGAGCCAUUGGAGCACUGUCAAUGAAGUGCAUGUACAUGACUUGAAGACAAGAUACUAGCAAUAAUUACUAGUGAUCAUGAUACUGUGCUGUCACUUAACUUCUUCUCCGGACUGAUGAAGACUAAGUUAUUUGAUCAAAAUAUACCAGAUCUAUCCCUAUUGCUCUUAGUUUUGUCUUUGUCUAAAAGGUGGCAACAGUUUAAUAUUUUCAUAGAGGGAUUUUCUUCAUGAAUAAGAGUGGUUUUCUUUAAAUGCUGAAAAAAUGGUUAAAUACAGGAACACAGAGCAGAAAUUGAUGCACGUGAUAGUACUUUCCAAGCUUUUGAAGAUUUUGGCAAAGAGUUACUGGACAAAGAACACUAUGCCAGUCCUGAUAUCCGUGAAAAAUUGGACACAAUGGCUAAGGAGCGAGAAGAACUUGAAAAGUAAGUGUCCCUAUUACACUGUGUGCAAAACCUGGCCGAAUCGAAAAUAUUGCUUUUGCUUGUGGCUUGUAAUGUACUUGCCGUUUGGGGAGCGAAAAGGAUCUCUAUAUACAAGGCCUGAGAAUCAGUAGACUUGCUAAAUACAUUUUUCUUAACAGCUCUUGGGAUAAAGCAUCUGCCCUGUUUUUGAUUUGCUGGGGGUUUGUUGUCUGUAGACGACUCAGGAUUUUCAUUUGUGCCAAUGAGAUAAUGAGUCUCACAGCUGCUCAAUAAACAGGCAUAUGUCUGCCAGCAUUUUGGAUGUUUUGAAAUGAGCCGGAAGCAAUGUUUCAUUAAUUUUAAGUUCUAUAAAGACAGGUCUACUGUGUCUGAAUGUCUGUUUUCCUUAUGCAUUGGAAUGCGUUAAUUACAGGGCUUGGGCUGCUCGCAAGCAGAGGCUUGAUGAAUGCUUUGAACUGCAGGUCAGUAGAAUUACUCUAGCCUGUUCUGUGUACGAUUUCUUCUUUACCUAUACUCUUUGAUAACUUAGCCGUUUUACUCACUCACUCACUCAUCCUCUUCAUCCCGGCUGGAACAUAAGGCUGCAAUCAAACGUCGCCAUUCAACCUUGUCCUGAGCUUUGGACCCAAUUCCUCCAGGUCUUUCAUCACUAUUCUCCUCCAGGUGGUUUUUGGCUGGCCUUUUUUCCUCUUCCCAGUUGGAGACCAUCUCAGGGUUAACUGUCUCACUAACACAACCUAUCUGGUUAAAUCCAACAGCUGUUCAACCGUGAUGCUGAGCAACUGGAGCAGUGGAUGGCCACCCGUGAGGCAAUCAUUCAGAGUGAAGAUGUUGGAGAAGCAGCUGAAGGUGCAGAAGCUCUUAUUAAGAAGCAUGAAGACUUCACCAAGACUCUGGCUGUUCAGGAUGUGAAGAUCAAUGCUCUGAAGGACAAUGCAGAUAAGCUGAUUGAAGCUAAUCACUAUGACUCUCCGGCAAUUGCAGAGAGGAUUGCUACUGUUUUGGCUAGGUAAUAAAACAGUCUUUCUUUUCUCUCACCAUUGCAACGACAGCUUUUUUUAAAAAAUUUAUUUGCAGGUCCCAUUCCUAUUCGUGAUAUAAAAUUUUACUCCACUUACAACUUUUUUCAGAACACUUUAGGAAUCCAAUCACCUUCUUGUAUAAUAUCAAAAAACGGCUGGAGCAAUGAACUUAUGCAUUGGUGGACCACCAAAUUACUUCCCCAGGUUCAAAUACAGAUAUUUAAACAAGAAAACCAUCCCCACUCCCCCCACUUCUGGUCAUAUUCUGUUCACAAGAGCGUUGUAGUUAACGUGUAGUUAACGUGUAUUUAAUACACGUUAACUACAAUUCUCUUGUGAACAGACAUCUUGCUGAUACAGAAAACUUAGAGUUGUCAGAGUUGGUCCCUGCCUUUCUUUACUCCCUUUUACACCUCUGAGAUGGACACUUAUUGCUGGCCUCAAUGGUUUCUGUCUUAAAAGGAGUUGACUGUAGUCCCUUUCAACAAUGUGUAAAGUAGAAAAUGUGUACUGUAUCAUAACCCUUGUAACGCUACCUUUAUCAUAACAUGUACAAAGGUAUCAUUGCAACUCUAGUUGUAACUGCUUGUCUAAUGUUCUUUCCACUUAUUUUGCUCUGCAGGUGGGCUACACUAAAGGCAGCACUUGUUGAGCGUCGUUCCAAGCUGGGUGAAUCUAAAACCAUUCAGCAGUUCAGCCGUGAUGCUGAAGACAUUGAGGCUUGGGUCAGUGAAAAGCUGCAGACUGUUCUGGAUGAAUCUUACAAAGAUCCAACCAACCUACAGGUGCGAUUCAGUUAUGUUUAGCUUGAGCUCAGUCAUGUUCAUCAUCAUAUUAUUGCUGCAAUAGCUUUAUGCAGGGCAGCAGACAGAUAGUAAAUGAAAUGAUCAGCCAUAAUGGAUGUAGUUUUCUGGCAAAUUGUUCUUCUUAUUGCAAUCUCUGGAGAAUAUUGUGAACAAUGCACAAGACAAUUCUCUGGCAAUUAUAUUGAACUGUUACCUUUUAGAUGAGGGGAAGUUUUUUUUAUUCAGUCUUUUAGAAAACUUUUAUGUUUUUGUUUUUUCAGUCCAAGUUCCAGAAGCACCAGGCAUUUGAAGCUGAAGUGUCAGCCAAUCAAGAGCGGGUUUUAGAGACAAUCAACUUGGCAGAAGGUAAAAAUGAUAUUCUUCAAACGCAAAGUCUUACUCCUGAGCCAGAUAUGGAGAUGUGUUGAGGUUGUAACUUUUAUUUCACUUGGUGAAAUUCUUUGCUCUGACCGGCCAAUUAAAAUCUUUUCAACAGGAUCCCUUCUCCAUGGUAUCCGGCCUUUUUCAGUAUUAUAAGAAUGAAACAACUUUAAGUUUUGUGUUUCAGGAGAAGAUUAAGUGCUUUCUCAUCUUAAGGACUUUUUGAAAGUAGAAUUCCAGCAAAUUUUAUGAUGGCCACAUCCCAGUGUCUUUUCUGCUUCCUGAUAAAGUGGAGCUGGUUACACGAAAACAGGUGUUGUUUUUGCUGACUUUUUCCUCUUUUCUGUGCAGGUCUUAUUGAACAACGGAAGUGUGCAGGAAGCGAGGAGAUUGUUAAGGAAAGAAUCACUAAACUUCAACAGCAGUGGGAAUACUUGGUACAGAAAUCCAGCGAGAAAAGCCAGCACCUAAAGGAAUCUAAUCAGCAACAACAGUUCAACAAUAAUGUCAAAGAGUUGGAUUUCUGGCUUGGAGAGGUAAGAUAAAAUUCCCUGACCUGUGGAGUUGUGUUGGCAGAUGAGACCACUCAGAAGUAACUUGAAGGUUUAUGCAAGGGACAAUGAAGUCUUCAGUGUCAUACGCAAGACACCAACUGUCUGGAGAGGCUAGUUUUGUGUGCUCAAAGCUUGGAUUGUUCAUUACUGGACGAAACAGCACAGGAACCCUUAGGGCGCCAGUCAGUAUUAGCCAGCCAGACCGGUCAUUUCAAAAAUGAAAUAGGCCAUCUUAAAGAGUUUUUCUAAAAAACACGCCAUCAACCCCAUGCAUAUUAUUCAGCAAAUGACUAAUUUGGCCAGACAGAUUUGAUUAAAAGUGAAACUCUCAUAAUGACAGGAUUGGUCUGGCUGGCCAGUUCUGACAAAUGGAAAGUUCCCUUCGUUUGUACCCAUGGAGAUCAAGAGAGAAUGCAAAGGAGGCAAUGUCUUUCAUGGUGGAGAAGGAGGAUUAGGAAAAAAACAGCGGUAGUUCCUAGUUGUCGUUGUAUAAUGAUUAAAGCUCCCUUUACAUUUGUAUACAAAUUAGCUGGAUCACCAAGUUACUUAUGAACCUUUUAUCUUGUUAUUUUAGGUAGAAGCAUCCCUCUCUCAAGAUGACUAUGGUCGUGACUUAGCAAGCGUACAGAAUCUGAUGAAGAAACACCAGCUUGUUGAGGCAGAUAUUGCUGCCCAUGAAGUAAGUAUAAAGUGGAUGAUAAGCUAGAAUGUUGCUGUUUAAAUUUCUGCCAAAAAUGUCGCAUUUUUACUUUGCCGACUUACAAAAAAAUCUUUUAUUUUUCAGGAUCGUAUAACAGAUCUGCAGGCUCAAACUCAGCAUUUUGCCGAAGUUGGUCAUUUUGAUGCCGAUUCCCUACAGGAUAAAUCUCGUGGCAUUGCCGAGCGCUAUGACAAGUAAGUUAACCUGUCAUACUUACAAGUUACAAUGCUUGUGAAACAUUCUGCUCAUCACUACAAGACAGCCAACUCGAACUUUCUGCUGCGGAUAGCAGUCGCUUGCUACCCUCUGGCUAAUUUCUCACUACCUUUCAGCCCUAUUUCUCCUUUUUCCCUCCCUACACCCCCCACCCCCACCACACUCACAAACACACUCCCAAACAGUCAAAGGCAGUGGUAUUAGACAUGAUGAUUUUUUGUAGGGUGAAGGACAUGGCUGAAGAUCGCCACAAGAAACUGGAUGAGUCCAAUGCUCUGCACCAGUUCUACCGGGAUUUGGAUGAUGAGGAGUCCUGGAUUAAGUAAGUUAUUCCUCCAAACGUUGUGAAGUGCUUAAAAAAUUGUCAUUAAUUCGUGAGAGAAAUGUAAAGGACAUUUUUUGUGUGAUGAAGGUCUGUAAAUGUAGUAAAAUGUGGCGGAGUUUUAUAGCUCUAAAAAAUGGUCAGAUCUACAGGAAGGUUUUUGAAACCUUUUCCAACGUGAGCAUUGUGUUAUUUUGGCUCCUACGAUAUUUUUUCUUUUGGAUUUAAAUUAUACUUUAAGGCUAACUUGGCGCUCAUGUUGUAAGCAUAACAUAAAAUGUGAUGUUAUUUUUUCAUCAGGGAAAAGAAGUUGUUAACAAGCUCUGAAGAUUAUGGCAAGGACUUGACUGGAGUGCAAAACCUGCGUAAGAAACACCAACGACUUGAAGCUGAACUUAACAAUCAUGAAGCAAGGAUUCAGGUGAAAAUCUCAUUUUUCAUUUAACUGUUACUGUAAAUGCAGUGAAUGGAGAAUUUAGAUUCUUAAUCACAUUUGUUUCCUUAUAGGCUGUCCUGGCAUGCGGACAUAAAUUUAUUGAUGAAGGUCACAGCAGCUCUGAUGAGAUCAAGGCCCGUUGUGAUCAGCUUCAGGAAAACUGGGAUGAGCUCAAGAAUCUUGCUGAACAAAGGUGCUGUACCAGGAUAGUCUAAGAUAACGUCACAAAGUGUUUCCUCCCUAAACAGAUUCUGCUUUUGCAAUGCUUUGUCAGUACAGUGCUGUGUCGGCUGCACCUCGUACAGUACUUGAAUUUAUUGUUUAUUCUACAGCCAACGUUCCUGUUUAUGUACUUAAAUAUCAGUCUUUAAUUAACCCUGACUUGAAUCAUGUAUACUAACGUAGAGCUCAAUCAGCUCUACCAACUAGAGCUGAUGGUAUGGUUGCCCAACAGUUAAAUGGUCUCUAUUGUUGGUUCUGCGUUAGAGGUUGACUUGUAAACCAGCAGCUCAGUGUUCUAAGUUAUUCGGUUGCUUUGAUGGAACUGUCUUAGAUUUGUGUUGGUUUUAUUUCUUUAGACAGCACAAGCUGGACGAGUCUCUUGCCUACCAACAGUUCAGUGCAAAUGUGGGUGAAGAGGAAUCCUGGAUCAACGAAAAGAAUACUCUUGUUGGUAGUGACGACUAUGGUGACACGCUGGCUGCUGUUCAGGUAAGAAUUAAAUUCACAUAUUGUAUUCACUCGAUUUAACGCUGCUCUCGAAGAAUCGCCGUCUGUGGAAGUAAAAUUACCAAUAAACGACGCCCUUGAAUAAACGCCCCUCCCAAUCAAAAGAAUGCGGCUUAUAUUCGAGGAUUAUAAUAAAAAAACGGUACAACUUUGUUUUAUACACCAUUCAGGUAAUCACGAUUCUAUAUAUCUCAACAAAAAUAGCGAGACAUUGAAACUUUUAACAUCUUUCUUAUUUACGUAAUAUGUGCAAAUGAUUUAUCGUAAUUGUUGGCAGUGAUCUAAGACAAAAACGGAAACACUCCAAAUCUACUAAACGCCGCGGUGUUUAAUGGAAUAAAUACGGAAUCAAACACAGAAUAGACCGUAUAUAUCGGUAUGAAUUGACUUGAUUCAAUAAAGGUUGUUUUGGGCGUUGGGCAACUGCCAUUGCGCAUUGGGAAGCUAUUGUUUGGCGGUCACUCACGCAGAUUAUUGCAGUGGGUAACCAGUUCCAUAUCCCCAAAUCCCCAAUUUCAACGUUCCAUUGCCAAAGUAACCUUUAUUGAAUUAGGUAUAUUAACGCUUAUCAUUUUAAGUUUUCUAAACCGUUUUAAAUACAGUAGGAUUCUUUGAUGGAAACAAACGUAACUUUUUCUUGAUUUUAACCAGGGUCUUCUUAAGAAACAUGAAGCAUUUGAGACUGAUCUGGAGGUUCAUAGGGAGAGGGUGCAGGACAUUGACGAUUCUGGAAAUAAGCUGAUUGAAAAGGUUAGUCAUGAAGUUCACUUCAAUAAUGCUUUGUGAUAGUUUCACCUCCAAGGAAGCCCAAUAUUUAUUAAGAAAAAAAAUGUUUCCACUCCGCAAAAUCCUUCCAAUGCAGACAUUACCACUAAUUUAAUUUACGACAGAUGAAGUUUUGUUAAGUAGCAAUGUGGUCGACGGAUUUGCCUCUGAGGCUUGGUCGGAAGUCGUGUUUUCAGAGCAAACUCUGUGAGUACUCUUGAGUAUAAAUGUAGCGUCCAUGGGAUGCUAAUGUAAGGAAAUAUAUUUUUUCGUCUUUUCAGGGAAAUCACCAAUCUGAACUGAUUGAACACAGGAUUUCAUCCAUUAAGGUAAUAACGUUUGUUUAUCUUUCUGUAGUCAUCAUUUCCACUUAUCCUACAACAAACCUCUUUUGACUGCUCUUUUUAGCAACAAACGAGUGUCGUCUUUAUUUAUUUUAAUUGUCUUUAUUUACUGUUUCGUUUAUUUUUGCGUAUAGAGCAAGCUGCAGGAAUUGGAGAGGAUGGCAUCCUAUCGGAAAUCCAAACUGAACGACAACUCAGCUUUCUUGCAGUUCAACUGGAAGGCAGAUGUUGUAGAAUCAUGGAUUGGUUAGAGCUACAUUUGUUUAAUUUGUUCUUCUAAAACCUGUUUGAGUUAUAUUUCAUUCAUUUUCCCAUUUCUCAAACUCUAUGUUGUUCGGACGUGUCCUUUACUGCUUUGUCCAAAGCGGGACUAAAAGUUAAAUGUUAUCCGGAUGGAGACUCAAAGUGCCAGUGAAUCAACGAAGCUAUUAACGCAAUUUCGCCGAAUUCAUACGGUGGGAACUGACCACCUUAUUUAGUGAACAUAAAAAUAACCGCUUAGAACAUUCAAGGAAGGCUUAAAUGACAUAGAAAAUACAAAAGGGCACUGAUGGAGAAAAUUGAAGAAGAUUAAAACAGAUCACAAUCGGGGUUUUUGAAAAUUGUUCGGCCUUAUAGUUUUUGAAAGUUUAUCGCUGUUUUGUUUUACUUAUACGUAAUUCUUGGCGGACAUAUUUGUUUGUUAGCAAGUUGUGAUUUUGCCAUUUACAAUAACUUCUUCCCUAACGUUGAUUUCCAUGGCGAGUGACCAUAGCAAGCGAAGUGGUCUCGACUGUCGUGAUGCUGUCUUCCAAGAACUUUGUAACUGUCAUAUAUGGUUCUAGACUAAGGUGCCUUUGUUCACAGUGUCUGUUAAAAGUGCUCAACAAAUUCUUUAUCUUUUGUAGGUGACAAGGAAGGAAUAGCUCGGUCAGAUGAUCUGGGACGAGAUUUAUCUUCUGUGCAGACUCUUUUCACCAAACAGGUUUGUGACAUGAAGAAAGGCUAUUUGCACAUGUGCGUUUUACCGUUUAUGCCUUCAUAUUUUAUAACUUAGUAUUUGUAUUUUAGGAAACUUUUGACUCUGGUCUCCAAGCGUUUGAAAACGAAGGAAUCGCACGCGUGACAGUGCUGAAGGAUGAGCUGGUCCAAUCACAACACGAACAGACACCUGCCAUCAUUAAACGUCAUGAUGACCUUAUUAGGAGGUAAGAAACUCCUCUACCCAAUGGCUGACGAGCGUGAUAGCCUUAUUUGGAAACGUCCUUUUAGCAUAACCAAUCACUCGCCACCUAAGUAGACUUGACACUCAUCGCUAGGCUAAACUUGGAACAUUUGAAACCAAGAUGGCCGCCCGUAACGCAAAGCGCUCGAUCUCGACGAUCGAAAAAUAGGGGACUGUGAACAGUCUAAGUAACGCGAAGGCUUACCCCUGUCCCCCAUCCCCUGUUCCCUGUUCCCCGCCCCCCUCACGGGACAAGAGAGACAAAGGGCCCUGUUUUGUUUAAUAAGCAACGCCAAUACAUUGCUGUUGUUAUAUUUCUAGGUGGGAACAGCUUUUGGAAGACUCUAGGACUCGUAAGGAAAGGCUUCAACAUGCACAGGAUCAGUACAAGAAGGUAAAUGAAAGCUGCACGGUUAUUUCCCUGCAAAGUCGUGAAACUGUUGACAAGUGUUUAUUUCUUUGUUUAUUAAUAAUUAUUUAAGUAUAGGUUAAAUCGAACUGGAAUUGUGUCAGCUACAGCUGUGCGAAAUUACUUUGAAGCUAAAAAGCUGACCUCGUGAAGUCAUAUCGUGAGUGUGAUCGUACUUCGUAACCUCGUAAAACGUGAAAUCUUGAGUGUUAUCGUGGUACCAUUGCAGUACAGGUAAUCAUCGUGUAUCUGUCUGUUUAGGUUGAGGACUUGUUCCUGUUGUUCGCCAAGAAGGCGUCUGCUUUCAACAGUUGGUUUGAAAAUGCAGAGGAAGACCUAACUGAUCCAGUGCGAUGCAACUCUGUUGAAGAAAUACGUGUAAGUAGCAAAUACGUUUCUAUAUCAUUGGGGUUGUUGGUACUCUGACAAUGCCACUACUAUUAGGAUGUCUUAAGGCUUUUUAUUAGGAAAAAAAGAAGAUACCUUCAAUCGAACGAACUGUUCAAUUGAAGUGUUCGAACUAUUCGUUUCGGCUAGCGAUUUUCCCCAGGGUUCGUGUCGAAGCGUCACGUGCAUUUACGAUAACGAACGCAGCGGGCUCUUAGAUGGUGGGGAAGGCGGAAAGAAAAAGUGAGCAGGAAAACACCACGAGGGUUUUCCUUCUCCGCUCUCAAUUUCGGGCCAUUUUCCACUAUCUGAACUCCUGCUGGGACAGGUUAUAUUGCCAGAAGGUGCUACAGCAGGUCCAAACUUACAAUUAACGCCUUUCUUGUCCCACAAGGCUUUGCAAGAUGGGCACACUCAGUUCCGAGCGUCUCUGGACCAAGCUGAGGAUGAUAUCAUGAUGUUACGUAAGCUGGAUCGGCAGAUCAAGAGCUACAAUGUCUCCAUAAACCCGUAAGUGAUUAAACACUUAGAGGAGAGUUGGACGCUGUUGUCUCUCUGUUUAAGACAUGAAGUUUCUAACAACAUGAAAACGCUAAUAUUUGACGCUUUUCAUGUGUUUAGGUACACCUGGUUCACAAUGGAGGCCUUGGAGGAUACCUGGGAAAAUCUACAGAAGAUAAUCGAGGUUUGUAUUUUUACAUCUGAGAUUUGCCUUUUUUUAUUCAAAUGAAUUUUGUGCAAAUAGCUGCGACUCUCCUAUUGGCGUUUCCGCAGUCCGGGUAACAAUUACAUCAUCAAGUUAAUUUUAUAAAGAAGUGAAAGACCCUUAACAACAAAUGGCAAAACAGUUCUGCUCUGCUUUCCGUCAGAGUUUUAACAUAACGAUCACCAGUGAACUUUACGAAAAAAAAGCAUAUUCGAGUCGCUGACCCCUAGCGCGGGAAGAACGCGUACAAUCAAGUUAUUAUUGGUUAAGAGGAUUUGGCGGGAAGUUUUUUUUUAUCCAAUUGUUAAGAACAGCAAAUGCAAAUCAUCAUCCACAUACCAGCACGCGCACAGAAAUACCGCUUCAUUAUUCGAACUCAACUCCUUGAACAGCUUUUGACAUUUUAUGCUGACUUGUUUACGCUUGGUAAAGACAUGAAACACUUCGAAAUUCGAGCGAUAUUCACUACUCUAAUAAAGCCGCAAAUUAGUCGAUCUCAUAAAAGACUGCAAACACGAACUAACAUUCAGCACUCAUUUUAAACCGCUACUGGACCAAAGUAUUGUUAUCAAUAUCUUUAACUUUUUGUUUAGGAGCGCGAGGAUGAUCUGCGCAAGGAAGCUCAGCGUCAAGAGUACAAUGACAAUCUGAGGCAGGAGUUCGCUCAGGCAGCCAACGCCUUCCAUGCUUGGCUGACUGACACGAGGUAAGAAAAAUCGUUAGCAAAUACAAAAUUGGAUACGUCGGAGCUUCUUAACCUGCGCCACAGACGAAACUAAACCUCUGGUUAAAUUUGUCCGUGGGCCAGUGUUAGCCUUCUCCGAGGCAUCACUGUCCUGUUUUAGAAAGUGAGUCGGAGAAUGGGGAGAGAACGGACAGGGAGGGUGAUGCCUGCCAAAUAUCGACAAGGUGAUGACCCUCUGUGCAUUUUGACUCGCGCAUUCAAAGCCAGUUUGUGUACGGCAUAGUGGGGAAAUUUUGAGGGACAAAAGCCGUUUACCGUGACCUACAAUAGUUUGUUUAGUCUGUCGAAAGGAAAAUGCCGUUGGAAAACUUAUCCAGGAUGUUGCUUCAUCUGAAUCCUCCCGCACCAGCAAAUAACCUAUUUAUACUUUUCUUACUCGUAAAACUUUCUACGACGCAGGCUAGAACUUCCUCGUCGAAUGCUAGUAUCUAAAAUCCUAUCUUGGCAGUAUUUUGUUGACGCUUCUCUUUGUUUCAGGGUUGCAAUGGUUGAUGGGCAAGGGGACCUGGAAGAUCAGUUGGCAGAGGUGAAGAAAAAGAGUGCUGAGAUCGCUGAUAGGAAAGAGGACCUUAGGAUCAUUGAGGAUCUUGGGGCUCAGAUGGAAGAAGCUCUCAUCUUGGAUAACAAGUGAGUUAUAAUCCUUGACCGUACCCUUAAGGGCUAGAGAAAAUUUUCUUCCGUCUGCGUUGUCUUUUCUUGAAAAGGUGUGGUACAGAGUCUAGCGUGUCUCGUGCCUUUUGUUUUCACGUGAUUAACAUCUGAUGUUUUUCUGAUGUGCACUUGAUUUGUUGUCUAGAUACACGGAGCAUAGCACAGUAGACCUUGCUCAACAGUGGGAUCAGCUGGAUCAACUUGCCAUGCGCAUGAAACACAAUCUGGAACAACAAAUCCAGGCCCGCAAUACAACUGGUGUGUCCGAAGAAACGCUCAAAGAAUUCACCAUCAUGUUCAAGUAAGUUGUGGUUGUGUCUUCGCUUGUUUAAAACUUUUAAAUUAGCUUUAAAUGUCAGUUGCAGAAUUUUGAAAUUCUAAAAACUACAUGGUAAAUAACUUCUCCCUCACGCUCACUCAACUGUGCAAACUUCAUCGUGAGUUAUUUUUGGCUCCAAAAGCGAGAUGUUUGACCUGUGAUUUCAACGGUGCUUUUAAAGGACAGGUCGUUGUCUUGAUCAAGGAAACGUUCUUUUCAAAAACAGAUGUUAAAUUUCUUUCACCUUCUAUCAGUAAGAUGCAUUGAUUGUAACUAAAAUUCAUAAAGUACACUUAAACCAGGCGUUUCAGUCUUUUUUGGCUGGUUAGAGGUGAAGGGAAAUUUUUACAUUCUACUUGCUUUGAAAACUGUUAUGCUCUUUACGUGAAGUGUUCAUAUUUGGCUCAAUUUAUAUCUCUUUACCAGACACUUUGACAAGGACAAAACUGGCUAUCUGGAUCAUCAGGAGUUCAAGUCGUGCCUGCGGUCGCUUGGUUAUGAUCUGUCUAUUGUGGAGGAGGGCGAGGAAGAUCCUGAGUUUGAAGCCAUUCUUAGAACGGUGGAUCCCAACGGGUGAGAAUAUGAAACAGGAUAAUGAUCUGGCAUACAUGCACAUAUACAAUAGUUACGUUACAGUGUAGUUCUUCUUUACUGCCCUACGCUGGUCCCGAAAUAUUAAAACUGUCUUAUGUUUCUUCAUUAAUAUCACCAUGCAUUCGACUUUGCUGAUUCCAGCAGUGAGAACCGGCUGGACGGUUGAUGACCUAUAACACUGUUACUGACUACCAACUGUUUCUUUUUGUGUGUAGUGAUGGUGUUGUAUCAAUGGGAGAGUACAUGUCUUUCAUGAUCAGCCGUGAGACAGAAAAUGUUGGCUCCAGUCAAGAGGUCAUCAACGCCUUCAAAGCACUCACUGAGGGUGGAAAACGUCCGUACGUUACCGAGGCAGAGCUUUACCAGGUAAUUUGUACAACUUUGCUAGUCUACUGUAGGUACGGAUUAGAGUGCAAUGGAAUUGCAGAGAAAAACGUCUCAUUCUCAAUUCAGUCCACAUUUUUAUGUUUUACUUUAUUUAACAAAAUUGUUAGAGAAAAAUCCUCAGUAAACCUUGUAUUUGGAAUGCCUAAAGAAAUGUCUUAGCUUUGACUCAUCGACGAUUCAAACGUAUUUGUUUCAGUCAUUUCGUCUCCCCGCUUAAGAGAAGUGUUAUUCAGCAUGUGUUGUCUCCUCCAGUAUGUCUUCUAAAAGGCGACUCUUUUAUAACAGUGAAAAUCUCGUCUAAAUUUACUAACACCCCUUCUGACUAGUUGUAGCCUCCCUCGCAAGCGUUUUUAGGGGAGCUCGUUUUUCGUCCCUCCCCACGAACGCCUGCUCAACCGAAGGCAACAUUCCUUUUCCAAGCUUAGCCAAUCACAUUGUACGUCCCAAAUUCUGGAAAGUUGACCUUAACCACAAUCUGAUAAUGACUCGAUCAGCAUGAAACACAGGGAAAGCUUUCUGACCUGUAAUAAACGUUAGAUUCAGAGAGGCAAAAAUAAAGUUCGUCAAAUUUUAGACUCCAUGCACUGCAUAACCUUAGCGAAGGGAAGAAAAGAACAAAACGGUAACUCUAGGGUGACGUUUUAGUCAUGUUUAGCCUGUCAGCACUUCAUUGCACAACUGUUGAUUGGUCACUUACCACGCAAAUAAAACAGUGGGAAGGGAAUGUUGUUUUCGGUUGAGCAGGCGUUUGUCGGGUGGGGGGGGAUGAAAAACAAGCUCCCCUAAAUACGCCUGCGUGGGAGGCUAAACUAGGUGCCUCUGUCAUUUAGAUCCCUAGCUAAUGUCACAGUCCGUUGCUGUCGACUUGUUAUGACAGUAAGCCAAUGGCCGUGGCCGAAGCUGAAGCUUUCCUACCCUCAUAAACUAAUUGUUGAAUUCCUUCUCGUUCCAGUCCCUCACCAAGGAGCAGGCCGACUACUGUAUUGAUCGGAUGAACCCGUAUGUUGAUGACAAGGGCCGAGAGAUUCCGGGAGCCUACGACUAUAAAACCUUCUGCGAGGAACUGUUCUCCUCUAGCUAGAUUAGUCUUGCAUGGUAAUACUUUAGGGCUGUUUUGUUUCUGAAGACUUGACACCUCACGGGAUAAUUUUACGGAUAAAAUUGCCAGCAUAGUUAAGUGUAAACGCUCACAGGUAGCUUCAACCAAACCUGCGUCCUUCUGAUAGGAAGAUAAUACACUUAGUGUGAACAUAUCCGUAUGUUAGGUUGUCGAAUGAUUAUUUGUUAUCANGCUUAGCCAAUCACAUUGUACGUCCCAAAUUCUGGAAAGUUGACCUUAACCACAAUCUGAUAAUGACUCGAUCAGCAUGAAACACAGGGAAAGCUUUCUGACCUGUAAUAAACGUUAGAUUCAGAGAGGCAAAAAUAAAGUUCGUCAAAUUUUAGACUCCAUGCACUGCAUAACCUUAGCGAAGGGAAGAAAAGAACAAAACGGUAACUCUAGGGUGACGUUUUAGUCAUGUUUAGCCUGUCAGCACUUCAUUGCACAACUGUUGAUUGGUCACUUACCACGCAAAUAAAACAGUGGGAAGGGAAUGUUGUUUUCGGUUGAGCAGGCGUUUGUCGGGUGGGGGGGGAUGAAAAACAAGCUCCCCUAAAUACGCCUGCGUGGGAGGCUAAACUAGGUGCCUCUGUCAUUUAGAUCCCUAGCUAAUGUCACAGUCCGUUGCUGUCGACUUGUUAUGACAGUAAGCCAAUGGCCGUGGCCGAAGCUGAAGCUUUCCUACCCUCAUAAACUAAUUGUUGAAUUCCUUCUCGUUCCAGUCCCUCACCAAGGAGCAGGCCGACUACUGUAUUGAUCGGAUGAACCCGUAUGUUGAUGACAAGGGCCGAGAGAUUCCGGGAGCCUACGACUAUAAAACCUUCUGCGAGGAACUGUUCUCCUCUAGCUAGAUUAGUCUUGCAUGGUAAUACUUUUGGGCUGUUUUGUUUCUGAAGACUUGACACCUCACGGGAUAAUUUUACGGAUAAAAUUGCCAGCAUAGUUAAGUGUAAACGCUCACAGGUAGCUUCAACCAAACCUGCGUCCUUCUGAUAGGAAGAUAAUACACUUAGUGUGAACAUAUCCGUAUGUUAGGUUGUCGAAUGAUUAUUUGUUAUCAUAAGAAGUCUCAGCCUUGUGGAUGAAAAGCUCUAUCAUAUUAACAAAUAUAUCUUAACGUAUCGAAAAAAUCUGGCCCGCUGCAUGUUUAAAUAUCAUAGGAAAAACCGAGUUUCCUUUUGCAAGGGUUCAUUUUGACGUUUUUAGUAGUACUCUGUUUCGGUACUUUUCAGUGAUUUUUAAUCCCGUUGAGGUGUUUUGUUCUUACUGUAGAUCGUGUCGUCAGACGAAUGGUUAUCGAUUAAUUGAUGACUGGGGUAAAAGAAGAGUGACUUCAACAUUAAUCAAUAAAAGCUUGAUGUCAAAACAAACGCGUUGCUGUUAUGGUUUCCCGAACUGACGAUUGUUGUAUUUAGUCAAGCGGCUACAGAAUGCUUCAAUACAAAAGCAUAAUCUGGAAAGGUACAAAACAAUGUUUUCGUCAAGCCAUGUAAAAAGGUUCCUGCACUGAUUUUCUUUUUUUGUUAAAAUUGGCAAGGUCAUUAUCCCCCCUCCCCGCUCCCUCCCUUCCCCCCGGCACCACACUUUUUUUUCUCAUUUUACUUGAUUCUGGGGCCUGCCUGAAGCAGUUCGUAAUUCGUACUUUUAUCGAGGUCAAGAUUCUAGUAAGUUAUCAACCUCGUGGUUUAUUUUGAUCAGUAAGGGGGUUUCGUUUUACAUUAGUUCGAAAGUCUUCA